UAGGCCGCGAGCUACAGAGCAACGCUGUCACUCAACGGGGUUUCGGGCUGAUCACCUCUGCAGGACGGGACUCCAAGAGAGAGAAAGUAGAGCCGAGCCCACCGCGGGUUUACAGGCUCUGGAUUAAAGUGAUCGGUCCCACAGCUUUCGUCGAAACUGCCCGUGUGGAUUCAUUCCGUGUUGGUGAGCUAGAUGCGGUCCGAAGCUAAGAUGAUGCCGAUGUUCCUGACAGUAUACCUCAGUAACAAUGACCAGCAUUUUACUGAGGUCCCCGUUACGCCGGAGACGCUGUGCCGGGACGUGGUGGAUUUGUGCAAGGAGCCGGGAGAGGCUGACUGUCACCUCUCUGAGAUGUGGCGUGGAUCUGAGCGAGCUGUAGGUGACGGGGAGAGGAUGCUGGAUGUGCUCCAGCGAUGGGGACAACACCGGGCAGAGGUGCGCUUCUUCCUGCGUCACAAUCGAGCCCCUGGCAGGGAAUCGGGUGGGCCAAGAGGCUCCGAGCAGAAGAGGAAUGGAGUGAAGGGUCCUCCAGACAGAAGAAUGGAAAACGGGGUGGCAACAACACCCCGGAUGGACAUGACGCUGGCCGAACUACAAGAGAUGGCUGCCAGGCAGCAGCAACAAAUAGAAAGUCAACAACAGCUCCUCGCCUCCAAGGAGCAACGGCUGCGCUACUUGAAGCAGCAGGAGCAGCGGCAGCAGCAGCAAGCCUCUGAGCAGGAAAAGCUGCAGCGCCUCCGAGAGAACAUCGAGAACCAGGAGACUCGGCUCAAGAAGGUCCGGGCCCUCAAGGGCCAAGUGGAGCAGAAACGCCUCAGCAACGGCAAACUGGUGGAAGAGAUCGAGCAGAUGAACAACUUGUUCCAGCAGAAGCAGAGAGAACUAGUGAUGGCUGCUUCCAAGGUGGAGGAGCUUGGCCGUCAGCUGGAGUUGCUCAAAAAUGGCAAAAUGGACAACUUCCACGACAACCAGAGCUCUGUGGCUGAACUAGACCGCCUCUACAAGGAGCUACAGCUGAGGAAUAAGCUCAACCAGGAUCAGAACUCUAAGUUGCAGCAUCAGAGAGAGGGCCUGAACAAACGCAACCUGGAGGUGGCUGCGAUGGACAAACGGAUCAUUGAGCUCAGAGAUCGGCUGUGGAAGAAGAAGGCGGCGCUGCAGCAGAAAGAGAACUUGCCUCCUCAGAUGCCCUGGCAUUCAGAGCUCGCCCAUGUCAACAAUGGCUAUCCCGGUAAAGAGAGGGCUUCAAAAGACACUCAUCUUCAGGUUACCUCUGAGGGUCCAGCCGGGCAGCAGUCGGGUCCAUCUCGCGUGGCAGCGGUUGGCCCGUACAUCCAGUCGUCCACCAUGCCCAGGGGCCCAGUGAGGCAUGACCUGCUUGUAAAACCGGCCUACCCCGACGGCACCGCCACCCUUCCGGUCCACGACCCGCAGAGCAAGGCCGGCACAGCAGGAGCAGACGAGUCUGGGACAGCAGCUGGUUGUGAUGUCAGUCUGAGCUCAGAAGGCCUUCAGCCAUCCAAGCUGGCAGACUGGGGCUCUUCAGGUCCAGAAUUCAACGGUCAUGGUCCUGCUUCAACACUGCCACGAAUGACCUCUCACUCCAACUCUAACACAGAACAAGACGAGACGGAACAGAAGAGGGACAGGAAGGUGCGUCCAUUUUCCAUGUUUGAGCCAACGGAGGUUCCCACCACCUCCCUCCGCAAAAACCAGAGCAGCGAUGACCUGGUCAGGGAUGCUCAGUCUGCUCCCAAAGCUCCAGUCAAGGUGCCUCCUCCUGUUCCCACUAAACCAAAAGGCCCCGGUGUCAUGCCCUACGCCAAACCGGGUCUCAACACAGGCACCUUCCCCAAAACCAAGCCCCACAGCCAGCAGCCCCAGGCGGCACAGGGCCGCAACCCUCUCACACCCUCACAGAGCCAGACACUCCCCCUGCCCUCCAAGCAGGACACUCCACCUGAAGCCACCGUACGGCCCUUCACCCCAGAGCUGCCCUCCUCCAAAGACGGCAGCAUGAGUAAGCCUCAGACCGUAGCGGCCAGCUCCAUUUACUCCAUGUACACCCAGCAGCCGGGCGCAGGGAAGCCCUUCAGUCAGCCUGGUGUGCAGGGCGCGCUCAUCAGGUCUCAGAGCCGCACCAACGGAUUUGUCAGUGUGUAUGGUAAACCAGUGAUCCCCGGUGGAGGCUCCCCACAUCCAGAGAACCCUUACACGGACCGGCGCUCCCCCGGCCUAGAAUCCGAUGUUGACCACAGUGGACCCAACAACGUGGGUCCCAGCCCGUCUGAGGUUCCCCAAACUGAAACGGAACGCACCCCCCGGCCCCUCAGCCCCACCAAGCUGCUUCCCUUCAUUUCCAAUCCCUACAGGCAUCAGAACGAUGGUGACCUGGAAGCCCUGAGGAAGAAGCUCUACAAUGCCCCGAGGCCCUUGAAGAAACGCAGCUCCAUCACUGAACCGGAGGGUCCUGCUGGGCCCAACAUUCAGAAACUCCUCUACCAGAAGACCACGCUGGCAGCCAUGGAGACUGUGACUACGCCAACCUAUACUGGUGAAGCAGAGAAGGCGGCCGAGGGGUCAGUGGGGCCACAUGGUCCGAGUGGUGCAGAGAACCGCCCAUCGGAGACGGGACAGACUCUGGAGGCAGGACAGCUCCCGUCUCACAUCCCAGGUGCUAAAGUGCCCGUUCCAGGCCCCGCUGAACAGCCCAAACUACCUUCAGCCAUGCACCAGAGCGAGGACAUUAUCCCCCCUCCUCCCCCAUCCCACCCGGCCCCCAGGCCAGAUGACGCUCUUUUCCCACCUCCACCCCUAGCUGGCUCGGAGGAUGCAAUGGCCAACCUGCCUCCUCCGCCUCCAGACGGCUUCCUGGAGGAGUUCCCCCCGUACCCACCACCCCCAUACCCCAGUGGAGGAGAGCAGGACAGCUUGGGAGAGGACACCUUCAACAUGAAGGCGCCUGAGGUCACUGGCCAGGUCACGCUGCCACCGGGAAAGAGGACCAACUUGCGCAAGCUCGGCUCUGAACGCAUUGAGCACAACAUGAGAGUGAAGUUCAACCCACUGGCUCUGCUGCUGGACUCUUCUCUGGAGGGAGAAUUUGACCUGGUCCAGAGAAUCAUCUAUGAAGUGGAAGAUCCCAGUCUGCCCAACGAUGAAGGAAUCACUGCCCUACACAAUGCUGUCUGUGCCGGACAUACGGAGAUCGUCAAGUUUCUGGUUCAGUUUGGUGUCAAUGUCAAUGCUGCUGACAGUGACGGCUGGACCCCUCUUCACUGUGCUGCAUCCUGUAACAAUGUGCAAGUGUGCAAGUUCCUGGUGGAGUCUGGUGCAGCAGUGUUUGCUAUGACUUACAGUGACAUGCAAACGGCAGCUGAUAAAUGUGAAGAGAUGGAGGAAGGCUACACCCAGUGCUCCCAGUUCCUCUACGGUGUGCAAGAGAAGAUGGGCAUCAUGAACAGGGGAGUGAUCUACGGUCUGUGGGACUACAGUGAUGAAAACCCCGAUGAACUGAUGUUCCGCGAGGGAGACUGCAUGACCAUCGUCCGAAGGGAGGACGAGGACGAGAUAGAAUGGUGGUGGGCGCACAUGGCUGACACCGAGGGGUAUAUUCCCCGCAACCUCCUCGGGCUCUAUCCCAGAAUAAAGCCAAGACAGAGAACCUUGGCUUAAAACGCUGCGCAUUCCAGUGUCCCAGAACUCUC